AGAAAAGAAACAAAAAAAUAUAUAUAUAAAAGGUAAGGGAAGAACAAACAGCUAAAAGAAGAGAACUACCAUCAACAACAUCUUGUAGUCAAAAAUUUCUUGAAUGGGAAGCAGGCUUUACCAAAUUCUCUAAUUCCACUCCUCUUCUUUCUCCUUUCUUUUCUUACUUCCUUUAACUAUUUAAGAAAGUGCUGAAGAGAUGAAAGACAAUAAAAAGAAAGAAAGGAAAGAGAGAGAGAGAGGGAGGGAGAGAGAGAAUGAGAGCAGGCAGAAGGCUGAACACACUUCCUAUCAUCAUUUUAUCCUUCAAGAGCUGUACAACUGAUUAAAGAAUCUACUUUUCGGCUUUGGAACAUGAGAUGAAGAAAAAAAGGAAGAAAGGAGCUUCUAUAUUUUUAUCAUCUGAGAAAUUCACUGAAUUAGUUUUACUUUGAGAAAUGGGAAUAUUCUAAAGACACUGAUUAAAGACAGUAAGUAAAUAUGCAGCGAGAUGUGUUCCUUCUAUCCGUGGUGCUUCUUUACUGUAUCAUCUUCCUCAUGUUACACUCGCAUCUCAAAAGAAUCAAUAAGCCCAUAACACAAAAAUUCAUUGCUAAACAACAAGAGAAUGACAACACGGUAAAAGCUACCACAGCACCAACAGAAUCAGUAUUGGUAGCAGAACAAGUAGAAAAUCUACAGCAACUACAACGACCAUUUCCAAAGAAAAUAAACAUUCUCAAACAGCAUCAAAAUAAAGAAAGUUUCGUUAUUAAACGCAAUUACAGUGAAGCAAAUAUACACAUGCCUCAAUCUAUAAAACCAAAACUGGAAAACAUUUCAGAUUCAAAAGCAAAUUGUUCUAAAUGCAAGAAGCUGCCAUAUUCUGGAAGUUUCCAAAAUAUAUCGGGUAUUUUUGUGCUGACCACAUUUUAUGACCAAAGAAUUCCCUCCAAGCAUCGAAUUCGUAUUUUGGCUGUACAGGAUGCUAAAGAUAACCGCAAACUUGUCUGCUGGUUUAAAAACGGUACAUAUUUGGUGCAAUCAUAUGCUACUAAAUACGAGAUGUGCGAGAACCAUGGACGUAAGUUUGGAGGAUGGAUUUAUUCUUGUCUGGUGCCAAAAGGCAUGGGAUCCAUUAAAGUCGUGUACCUGUCUCUUUAUACCAACAAUAUCCUUGCUCCACUGACAAAAAUGGAUUUAAUUUCACUCACCAAAACAGGAACAAAGAAAUUAUUUGGUGUCUGUAUACCUCCUUUGUUUGGAUCCGUUGGAAUGACAAAACUUGUACAAUUUUUAGAAUUGAAUCGAAUUUUAGGAGCUUCACAUUUCCAUUUCUAUCUCCAUAAUGCUUCUAGCAGUGUUCGGGUUAUAUUAAAUCACUAUGCCAAGUUAAAUUUAGCUACGCUUUUUGAAUGGGAGCUACCAUCAGUUAUAACUAACAACAACAUAUGGUACCACGGGCAACUUCUGGCAAUACAAGAUUGUCUCUACAGAAAUAUGGCUAACUUCCAGUUCCUGCUGUUUUCAGAUUUAGACGAAUUUGUCAUCCCACGUAAAACAUACACAUGGCCGAGACUCAUAAAUUACUUGAAAGACUUAAAUAAAAAUCACACCAGUGAAAAUACAUUAGGAUUUUCUUUCAAAAGUGCAUUCUUUGAUCCUUGGCAAACCCCCGAGAACAGCCAACAGUUGAGCUACUUACAACGGCUACAUCGGAGCAAAUCGAUAAGUAAUGUUCGGACAAAGGUUAUGAUUCAACCAGACAAAGUGUUUGAAUUAGGGAUCCAUCAUGUAAGUAAACCAAUCUUUGAGAACUUAACUAUAACCAAUGUCGAUCCAGAAAUAGCAAUGAUACACCAUUAUCAACCAUGUAUGGUAAGAUACGAACCUAAAAUGCAAUGCUCACCAAAAAUAAGAGAUGCAACAAUUCUCAAAUACACCAAGCAACUUCAGAAUAAUUACAACCAAAGAGUGAAAGAAUUAUUCAAAGAUUUCUUGUGAUUUAAAUCCUUUGUGAUAAAAAUUAAAAGCAGUCACUGAAGGGGUAAGUUUUAAAAUCCUGUCCUUGUUUUAAUCAGAAGUCCUUUUGUUUAUCACUCAAAACCUGAAUUCUUUACUGAUGUCAACAUUACCAGCAGACAUAAGGUUGGUCGUUUUCUUGUAUUGCCCCACGUAUGAUACACAUAAAUGAAUGAAACACACAAACACCCAUGUCAAUAACACACAUCAAUAUACACUUCUCUAGCCAGACUAGUGAGACGAGGGAAAUCUUAAUAAAAUCUAGUCUGUAGAAUAUUUUUCUUUCUUUUCUAGAAGUCGUGGUAUUAUGUUGGUCUAUAAAAUUACUUGGGAUCAGCAUAUAUCUAUAAAUGUACGUAUACAUAAAAAAUUCUCCAUAAUUAUUAGUAGAUGAAUGAGCUACCAAUGACAAAAAAAUAAUGAAGA